UUGUUCUCUAGCUGCUGGCGUUACAAGUUUACAACAACUAGAUCGACUCGAGAAUAGUAGACAGGAGCUUUAGCUGAGCAAGCGAGAGAGCGAGAAGCAUUCUUCAGAUCAUCAGAGAGAUUCGGAUCCAUGGAGCUGGAGGCUGCCUCGCCGGUGCUGAUGAGGAGGGACGGCCGGAAGCUGGUGAGGUGCCCGCGGCUGCAGCUGGACACCAAGACAGUCGCGGUCAUCGAGCAGUCCACGGGGGAGAGCAUCGCCGACGCCGCGGUUGCGGCGGGUGAGCAGGGCGCCGCGGGCGCGAUGCGGGUCAAGAUCGUGCUCAGCAAGCAGCAGCUGAAGCAGGUGGCCGCGGCCGUCGCGGGUGGCGGCGUCUGCGGCUUCGCCCUGCCGCCGGCGCUGGAGCAGCUCGUCAGCGUGCUCAAACGGCAGCACGCCAAGAAGCAGGUGGCGGCCGUCGGGAGGCGCCGGGGCCGGUGGUCGCCGGCGCUGCAGAGCAUCCCGGAGGAAUGCUUUUAGCUAGGCGUGCGUGCGUGCGUGUAGUGGGUUCUACUAUCUGCGUGUACAGCUUCCUCCUGAUCCUCGUCUUAUUCUUCCUGGAUUGCAACCAGCCUAUUUGAUUGGGCCAAAAUGAGCGCCCAAUGGUUGCAUCCCAAAUUUGAAAUGUCACAUAUUUUAAUCUGGCAUUUGGAUCGAUCGAUCCAAAAAUUUUCCCUCUGUUUUCGAGAGAUCGGUGUACAUAUCUGGAUUGAACCAAUCAAUCAAUAAAGGAUAAUGAACUGGGGAAAAGGAACCAAA